UGCAAAAACCAGGGUGUUAAAUAUUCAACACCAGCAUGGAAUAGAAAAAUAUCAACACCCUUGGUGUUCAUUUCAUGUCCGAUUGGCGAAAAAUAACACCAACGGUGUGAAAAUAUUCAAUUACAGGCUGAUGGUGUCAUAUUUGGUGUUAUAAAAUCGCACAUGCGCAUAAGCUAGAGAAUUCGACGAAAAUCAUUGGACGAAAGUUGUCAUAUGAUCCGAUAUGCGCCUCUGCAGCUGCGCGCGCACAGCUAGACGAGAGCAUGUGGCUAGAGAAUUUCACUGGCACUGACUUGAAGUCUUGAUUCUGGAGUAGUAAUUCUUCAAAUUAGGCCUAGAUUCUAGAUGUGAAGUGAUCGAAGUGCAUGCAACCAUGCCAUUAAGCGUCAGGGUCUGUUCAGCGGAUCGAAGUAUUAGAAAAUACCUGCCUAUAGAUCCAGAAGACACAGUAGGAUUCUUUGAACUCAUCAGAAGAAAAUUCCACAUAAGGGAUGGGGAAGAUCUCGUACUUGUGGAUGAACAAGAAGGGUUUGGUAUAGACGAUGACGUACUAGGAGAUGUGGUGACCAGCAAUCCCACAGUCAGCCUCAUGGUGCUAAAAGAAGAUGAAGAAUGGUCUGGUUCAGAUGUACAUAGCAUCACAAGUGCAGACACUAUCAAGGUGGAUACCAGCUCCUCUUCCCUGAGUAGCUCAGAAUCUGAUUCAAGUUUUUGCUCCAGUAGAAAGAGGCCACGAUUAAAUGCCCUCAGUGAAUCAGGUGCAAUCACUGACAACUCUUGUGAGUUUGUACAAGAAAUUUUGCGGCACAGAGGUGAUGCCAUUCUCCGAGAGUAUGAAUUGACUGGAGCACUUCAAGAUAAAACUAGACGGCAGAUGAUUAACCUUUUGGUAGCCCACAUGCAAGAACACUAUGGCAAACAUCCAAAAGCAGCUAUGAAAACCAAAUAUGCCAUGGGGAUAGUGAAUCUGUUUCCAAGACUCAAGGAUCCGUUUACUAGCACAGGUCAUGAAGCUUAUUUUGAUGCAAGAAGUAACACGGGAUUCCUGGCUGCUAGAAUAAAAAAUGUUAACCGCACAACAGAGGAGAAGACAUCCAACCCAUUACCCAAGCCAUCAAGCAGAGAUGGUGGUCCUGGGAAGGUCCGAGAAGGUGACCAAGAAUCUGCUCCAGGCUGCACCUAUGAUGAAGACCUCAACUGGUUACGACACUGUCCAACAUUAGAACGUGAUUCUACCCUGGUUGUUGAAAAGAUGAAAUCCACUUUUCCUGUUAGACAGCAUAUGGUCAGGGACGGACGCUCCGCAUCGGAUAUUUUGGAACAGUUUCCUUUUGAAACUGUUCCAGGUUUGAUUGAGGUAGAUUUUCGGAAACUUUUUCCUGAAAAUCACUCGCGUUUCCUGACCAAAUGGCCCGAGUUGAAGCCCAAGGUUGUUACACUUGCAAGACAACUUCUGAAGCAGAAAGGAAACUUGACAGUGAUGGAGCUUCUGUCAUCUUAUGACAGUUCUGAUCAAAAUAAAGAAGGAUGGAAUUCCAGCACAUCUGCUAUCCUCCUCCUCUUGUGCCUAUUAAUUGCCUCCUGCAAGCCAAGGGAAGUCCAAAGCUGCGUCAGCAAAAGUGUCCAUUUCUUCAGCUCUCUCGAGGGUUAUUCAAUUUCAGAAGGUAUUUAG